AUGCCAUUCACCCUUCUUUUCCCCUUCCCCUCUCUGCCUUACACCCAUCUUCCUCCGCCUUUCCCCUCUCUGCCUUAUGCCAUGCUUCCCCCCGUUCUCUCUCCUCCUCCUCACAACCUUCAUCUGCCUAACGACACGCUGCCUUACUCUCUGCUUCCCUCUUUUCCCCCACAUACAUCCUCACUCUCCCUACCCCUUUCCACACUUAUUCCCCCUAUCCCCUCCCCUCUCUACCCAUCCAUCUCCACUGCCUCCCUUCUCGUUACCCGCACUCCCCUUUCUCCUCCCUUCUUCUCACACCCUUUUCCCCCUACUGCCCGCUACACUCCUUCCCACUCCUUCCCUUCCCCCCGUAUCCCUCCUCUGCUCCUCUACACACCCUCCCUGCCCCUCUCUGUAACUCUCAUCCUCCCUGCCAUACUAUUCCCCCUAUCCCCUCUCGGCCUUACCCCCGAUCUUCCACCGUUCCUCCCUCUCGCCCUUCACCCCUCUCCCCCCUUUUCCUCCCUUUCUACACCCUUCUUCCCCCUUUCCCGCUAUCUGCCUUCCACCCUUCUUCCCCCGUUCCCUCUCUUCCUUACACCCAUUUUCCCCCGUAACUUCACUCCCUGCAUACUCCCUGCUUUCCCACUUCCCUCAUUGUCUACACCCUUCUUCCCCCUCUCGCCUACGCAACUGCUAUCACCCUGGAUCUCUGUCGGAACUCCCCUCCCUGUUCUUAUUCCCUCUCCAGCACAGCGCCCUACGCGUCGGCCCCUCUGCACCUCUCGCUCACAUCUACCACUCUCUCCUGCCACUGUGAGGGCUGGAUGCAAAUUUCGCACCGACAAGGGACGGGUAGUGGCACAGCUAAGCGCGUCCGAACUGGCGGGCCUGUUAGGCCACGCUGUAGAGCUCUCAUGCGUCGCUAGCCGGAAGGGGUGA